UUUCUUUUCUCCCACCCUCGACGUGAAGAUUCUCCCUUUUCUCUGAAAUCUACAUACUGAGCCGGAAUGGCAUGCCUCGAACCAGAAGCUCGAUGCUGUACCCCCUCGCCAGCCAGAUCCACCAGUACCUCAACCAGCAUAAGCCCUGCGCCCCCGGCGAGUCCCCCGCUCCCUACACCUUCGCCAUGCGAGAAACCCUCUGGGAGACGCUCUCCUCGGACCCAGUCUGGAAACAAGCCUUCGAUAAUAGCAUGACGAGCCGGAACAAGAGCUUCUCGGUGCCGUGGCACAGCAAGUACCCGGUGCGGGAGCGCCUCCCUCCCCCGUCCCCCAUCAAUCCGGAGCAACCCCUGAAGCCUUUCACCAUUGUCGACAUUGGCGGCUCCCAGGGAGUAGACCUCCAGCGGUUCGCGACCGCAUUCCCCGACGUGCCUUGUGAACUGAUACUUCAAAAUCUCCGCGAGACCGUGAACGGGAUUCUGCCGGGACUCGAUCCGAGAAUUCGGCCGAUGGUGUGUGACUUCUUUACGCCGCAGCUAGUCAAAGGGGCGGAUAUCUACUACCUCAAAUCGAUCCUACACGAUUGGAACAACGAGGCAGCCCGGAAGAUCCUGUCGAACACGGCGCAGGUGAUGGGCUCACACUCGCGCCUGCUGAUCAAUGAGAUGGUGCUGGCGGAGACGGGGGAGACGCUGGCGCGGGUGGACAUGGACAUGCUGAUGUGGCUGCUCUGUGACGGGAUGGAGAGGACGAGGCGGCAGUGGGAGGAGUUACUGGGUCGUGUCGAGCCGCCCUUGCAAAUUGUGGCGGUAUGGCCCGGGGAAGGAGCCGAUCCGCAAUGUGUCAUUGAGACCUGUUUGGUGGGGUCCGAAGCUCAUAAGUGAGGAAUCUGUCUGUGGGAAGUGUCAAUUAGGUGCUUUUCUCGAUGGAGAUCGGUCACGCGUCUCAAGGCCUAAAGGGUAGCGGGGUU